AUGACGACAACAACAACAAGAAACUUGUGCCUCAUGCUCGUGAUGAUGCUCUUCACGGUUCUAAUGGGAUGUUGUUGCUCGGCGAAAAUCUACAAAGUCGGAGACUCCGAGGGAUGGACGGCGAAGGACGACGCCUAUUCUGAUUGGGCUAAGCUUAAGGAAUUCCAUGUGGGCGAUUCUCUCAUCUUCAAAUAUGAUCGCAAGUACAACGAUGUGACUCAAGUCUCUGGUGCUUUGGAAUACAAAUUCUGCGACACUUCCUCUCCUAAAGCCGUAUACAAGACAGGACACGAUGUCGUGACUCUCACGGAACCAGGUUCUUACUAUUUCAUCAGCUCAAAUCCUACUCAAUGCCUAUCCGGACAAAGACUCGACAUUCUUGUCGUCCAUGACCCAUCACAUCCGAUUCCUCCACCACCACCGAGAAAGAUAUUUCCUUUUGGAAAGACCUACAGCGUCGGUGACUCCAAAGAAUGGACGGUUCCUGAAGAGAGCGACUUCUAUAACAAGUGGAGCGAGGAGAAACAGUUUCAUGUGGGAGACAAUCUUCUCUUCUACUACGACAACGAAGUCGACGACGUCUUACAAAUCAGUGGUGAUCUUGAGUUCUUAUCUUGCGACCCGACUUCUCCUGUUGCCGUUCACAACACGGGACAAGAUCUCGUUAGGCUCACAAAACCGGGAAUCCACUAUUUCAUAAGCUCAAAGACUGAUCCUUGUGAGGCUGGGCUUAAGCUUCGAGUGGUUGUGGGACCACUACCCAAAGCUUAUGUUCCGAGGAAGAUGAUGAAGUUGUCACCUUUGGACCGUCUCAUCAAGUGGUUACAGACCUUCAGACCCCGACCACAUCACUAA